ACGGAUAAUCAAAACUAUCAAAAAGCCUAAUGGAUUGCUAUUUAUAAGUCCGCUAAGCGAAUUUUCUGAAAAUCACGUCAUUUCAAUACAAGUCAUGACAACUAAUAGGUACCCAAGUCAAAAUCCAGUUUGGUUUACAUUGUAACUGUAAACAACACCAUGUUAAAAACACAACGAACAAUGUUGUUUUUCUUUCUGAUGUGUUUCUGUUUCGUGGCGAGUGGAAGAAAGCCAAUCGUUGAGUUCCGUGGCGAUAAAGAUGUUCGAACCAAUCGACCGAUCAUUGGUAUCCUAGCACAAGAUGAUUCUGGUCUGUCAAAUUUAACGACAUUUGGAGAAAGUUACAUUGCUACAUCGUAUGUCAAAUACCUGGAAGCUGCAGGAGCAAGGGUUAUCCCAAUAAGAAAUAAUGAAACUGAAAAGCAGUUGACAGAAUUAUUUAAUUCCAUUAAUGGGGUCUUGUUUCCUGGAGGAGCAGCAGAUUUGUUUAAAUCAAAAUAUGCAAGAACAGCAAAAAUAAUCUUUGACUUGGCAGUUAAGGCCAAUGACAAGGGUGAUCAUUUUCCAAUAUGGGCAACAUGUCUUGGCUUUGAGUUACUGCACACAAUGGUUGCAAAUGGGAAGCAUAUACGUCAAAAAUGUGAUGCUGAAAACCUUCCAAUUCCAGUCAACUUUAGAAAAGAUUUCAGGGAAAGUAGAUUGUUCCGUUCUGCACCAGACAAGGUUGUAGACUACCUUGGUACACUGAAUAUUACUAUGAACAUGCAUAAAGGGUGCAUCACUCUCAAGAAAUUUAAUAAAGAAAAGACCUUGAGGAACUUUUUUAGAAUCAUAUCAACAAAUAUGGACAGAAAGAAUGAAGUGGAAUUUGUAUCUAUGGAUGAAGCAAUCAAUUAUCCCUUCUAUGGCUCGCAGUGGCACCCAGAAAAGAACCAGUUUGAAUGGACAUUAGAAGAAGACAUUAACCACUCAUACCAAGCRGUAGUGACUACACAGUACUUAGCAAACUUCUUCGUCAAUCAGGCACGUAUGAGUGGACACAAAUUUCAAAGCUACAAGGCAGAACRCAAAGCUCUAAUAUUCCAAUAUGAAGCCAAACCAUGUCGGGAAGAUGUUACUCACUUUGACGAAUGCUACUUCUUCUAGUUUAAGUUUUGUUUUGUAUACUUGCAUGCCAGCMGAGUUGAUUUUCUUACGAUAUGAAAGAAAUAGUUAGUUUGAAUAGGAAAUUUUUCAAUACUAGGAUUACUGUUGUAA